AAAACUUGGAUUUAUUUGAUUGAUUCCUUCAAUUCCUAGCAUUACAAGAGCUAUGAGUACUGCAAGGUUCAUCAAGUGUGUGACAGUUGGGGAUGGGGCCGUGGGAAAAACUUGCAUGCUCAUUUCCUACACCAGCAAUACUUUCCCGACGGAUUAUGUCCCGACGGUGUUUGAUAACUUUAGUGCUAAUGUGGUGGUGGAUGGGAGCACGGUCAACCUUGGCUUAUGGGAUACUGCUGGACAAGAAGAUUACAACAGGCUAAGGCCUCUGAGUUAUAGAGGAGCUGAUGUUUUUCUGCUUGCUUUUUCCCUCAUCAGCAAAGCUAGCUAUGAAAACAUCUACAAGAAGUGGAUACCUGAAUUGAGACACUAUGCACCCAGUGUCCCAAUUGUAUUAGUUGGAACAAAACUAGAUUUGAGAGAUGACAAGCAGUAUUUAGUUGAUCAUCCUGGAGCAACUCCAAUCACAACCGUCCGAGGAGAGGAAUUGAAGAAAAUGAUUGGCGCGGUUGCCUACGUUGAGUGUAGUUCAAAGACGCAGCAGAAUGUGAAAGCUGUGUUUGAUACUGCAAUAAAGGUAGCCUUGAGACCACCGAAGACCAAGAAAAAGUUACAAAAACAUAGAAGGCCAUGCACCAUAUUUUGAACUACUUCAACUUUCUAUACCGAGCAAGAUCAACUGAUACCAAUAAUAUCGAGUACAACUAAAUACGUCCUAAAUGAUUGUAUUUGAUAUUAUCGAUACCGGUACCGAUCAAUUUUAUAGACAAAUUAUAUAUUUUUCAGGCGGCAUUACUAUUUCAUAACAAUAAUUCUCAUACUUUUGUAUUAUUUUUCUUAUGGUUAAAUGUAUUUUAAUUUCUUAAUUUUUGCUUAA